GUCUGUCAACUACACUCUUACACCCUUUGGCUUGCCCCUUCUGCCACAAUAAUCGUUAUCUGCCUUGAUGCGUUUCCUUUCUUUAACGCUGCGGGACCGGUACUUUCCAGUAACGAACGGCACGCCCGUUAUCAGCAUAGAACAGUUUACACCCUUUGGAUUGCCCCUUCUGAUAACGCGCGUGCCGUUCGUUACUGGAAAGUUCCGGGCUCGCAGCGUUAAAGAAAGGAAACGCAUCAAGGCAGAUAACGAUUAUCGUUGUGUGGCAGAAGGGGCAAGCCAAAGGGUGUAACUUUGCCUAAGAGUGUAUGCUGUUACGUCAGGACUUCACCACGCUAAACUAAAAAGAAAAAACACAGAAAUCGUUACGGCUUGUCGGCCGUUAAUGGACUUUUUGGCGUCAUGAGCGGGAACGACUUUGUUCAACGUCAUUGGGCGACGUAUAUUUCAGUGGCCUUGGGCGAUGCCAAUAGUUCCUCGCCAAGGAGGUUUUCGUCAACAAGAUGACCCCUUCAGCGAUCACUGACUACGUUGGAUUUCGAGAAGGAGUGUUCUGUGUUGUGUUCCUAGUCACUGUUCUUUACAUUAAACACCUGCACAGAUAUAAUGGUUACUGGAAAAAACAAAAUGUUGUUCACGAAGAGCUCCAGCUUUUCUGGCAUCCCAUAUCAAGGUUGCUCGAAAAGCCAAUUCACGAAAUUGACAUGGAUAGGCAGAAGAAAUAUGGAAAGAUUUUUGGCGCCUUUGAGGGGCCUAAGCCAACAUUGAUUGUCUCGGAUCCCAAUUUGGUGAAGCUUGUGCUUGUCAAGAGUUUCCAGUCUCUCCCAGACAGAAGACAUAUGAAAUUCAAUGACCCACUGUUGGACAACAUGAUGAGCAUGGUCACCGUGGACCGUUGGAGGAAGAUUCGACCUGCUGCUAGCCCUGCCUUUGCCACAGGGAGGCUCCGCAAGAUGAAUGAACUCGUUCAAGACUGCGCCGAAACCUUGAUGCAGCACUUGCUGAAAGUUGCUGAAGGUGGAAAAGAGCUGAACGCUAAGGAGUUCUUUGGACAUUAUACUUUGGAUGUCAUUGCAAGGUGUGCCUUUGGGACAAAGCUCAAUUCCCACACUGAUCAAACCAAUGAGUUUGUUUCCAAAGCAAGGACAGCCUUCAAUGUGAAGGUUACACUGCCUGUUAUCUUAUUCUUUUACAUCUGUGGACUGUUUCCAAUCAUUAUGAAGCUGCUAAAGCUGCGUUUCUUUGGCUCUGAUGCAUUUAUGUUCUUCAAAAGUAUCUGCUUGAAUAUUAUUGAGAAAAGGAAACUGUCUUCAGAGAAACACCACGACUUCUUGCAGUUAAUGGUUGAUGCACAAGGUGGUGGCCUUCGGGGCAGCAGCGAAGUAUCGCAGGACGCUGAAGACAAGUUAUACAACCUAGGCACAGAGCUAGCUGUUGAACAGACUGCCGACUUAAAAGCUUUAAAUGAAGAUGAAGCCCUGGCGCAGUGCGUUACUUUCUUCAUUGCGGGACAAGACACAACCUCUUCAGUCAUUGCGCACACUGCAUAUCUCCUAGCUCUGCACCCUGAAGUCCAGCAGAGAUUGAAGGGGGAAGUGGAUGAUUGCUUGAAAAGAUGUGGUGGCGAGCCUUCAUUUGAUGAUAUUUCUAAACUUAAGUAUUUGAACUGUGUUAUCUCAGAAUGUUUGAGACUGUACCCACCAGCUGUUCGCAUAGAGAGGACGGCUUGUGAAGAUGUCACCUUGGGUGACACUGGUUUCAAGCUUCCAAAAGAGUGCAUUGUGGCGAUACCGAUUUUUGCGAUGCAUCAUGACCCCGAGUACUUUCCAGAUCCUGAGAAGUUUGAUCCUGAACGGUUCAAUGAAGAAAAUAUUGGGUCAAUACAACCGUACUCCUACCUGCCAUUUGGUGCUGGACCAAGGAACUGUAUUGGGAUGAGAUUUGCCCUGCAUGUUGUGAAGACAUGCCUCUUCCAUGUUGUGCACAGUGUGGAGCUGGUGCGGACACAGAGCACACAAGUGCCACUGAAGAUGGUCAAGAGCUUUGGCCUGUUGACUGCAGAGGACAUAAUUGUUGGUGUGAAGAAGAGGAAUUUCUGAGCUUGAGGCCUGACACAGCUGAAGUGCACUUUUGUAGUAAGGGCCACAUUUAAAGAAUUAAGAAACCUUGCCCUCGAUCAGGGUGUCUACCAACCGGCAAUUCUCUGGGAUCUUGAGUAGCCCGGAAAUACUCAGGAAAACUCGGGGAAUUGGUGCUUCUACCAGGGAAAAUUAGCUAUAAUUUUAGGGAACGAAGGUCGCGGUAACGCUGACUCGAGUAACAAAGAGGAAUCACAACGAAUUGUCUUUGACGCCGUUUCGUCGGUUGGAGGUGUUGUCGGUGUACUGUCAACGGCCGACUUUCCGGAUGCCGGGUAAUUCUGAUGACUUCAUGGCACGACCAUGUACCCCAUCGGGUCAAUGUAAAAGAAGGCAUGAAAUUUCGGACACGAGAACUUCUCGCCACCCGGUUUUCCAGACGUUUUGCCGUAACCGCAGGUCGGAAAUGGCAUUAAUCAAAGCCACCACCGCUGCCGUUUUGAUUACCUCGCCGCCUCGAACUGGCGCUUUCGCACGCAGAUCCGCUGGCAGCCGUAGCCACCACUGCGGCAACAGUAGGCCUAGCUGCUUUGACGUUCGCUAUUAAGCUUCUUGCCGUUGGGUGCCGUGUUUUUCAUUGAAAAAUUCGCCGCUGUCAGCAAUGGCACCGACUCCGCCUUCGUGGUCCUCGCGAUUAGCUUCGAAGCUCGGAAAGCACGGUGCCUUGCAUAAUGCAGGUUCCCGAAAGUCAGCUUCGCCUCGAUACAGCAAUGUUACGCUGUGAAGCAUACGCGAAAGUAUUGCGGUGAAGCGUAAUAAACGUGGAAGGGUCAAUUGUCACGGGACACAGUCUGGAUUCCUUAAUUAUACACGCGUGCACCCGUAAUCUCCUGUCACAGUACGAACACCGAUAUGCUUAAAGGGACACUAAAGAGAAAAAUAAUUUCUUCUGCAUUAGUAAAUUACCUUUCUAUGACACCAAAAACACCACUCUUACCACGAUAAGACACUUGGUAAACUAAAGAAAGCACAAGAAUGAAAGACGGGUGGCGACGCUUCCUUGAAUUUCCCGCUCCUGGUCGCUGUGACGUCAUGGAUUUUGAUGGCAUCUUCUAGGGCCUACUUAACUAUAUAGUGGUACAGAUUGACUAAAUUGUGUUCUAAAGGAACCAAAUAUUAAACAUGGCAAGUUUCGGGAACCAUUACUCAGCCAGCCUGGCCCAAAUGCGAAAACAUGCUUUGGGAUCCCUGACAUCACACUGACGUACCGGCGUCAGGGUUUCGGCACGAAAUUCAUAUACUGGUACUUCGACCUUCAUUUGCUCAUCUAAUAAUCAAACUAUUAUUUUGAAAUGACUGCCUGCAGCAUUCUCAAACAAUGCUUUAUUAGUCGAAGCUGAUUUCUUGUUUCGCUUUAGUGUCCCUUCAAUAAGUGCACUGGCGGGCCUUUACAGAUGUGCUUGUGGCGAUUUGAGCCCUCAAGGGCAAUAAAAAACAUGCAUUCA